CAUCCCCGGGCACUUCCGGCGCGACCGGCCUAGGACUGUCGUCCGCCUGGGGCCCCUGACCCCAGCCAGCCCCCAUUGCCUGCUGCCUGCACGGCGACACCAUGGAGCGCCUUGAUAAAGCGGCGCUGAAUGCGCUGCAGCCACCGGAGUUCAGGUCUCAGUAAUCCUCUAGUUCAAGAUAGAAGAUGAAACAAUCAAAUGGCAUCAGUUACUUUGUUUUAUCACUGAUUUUACCCAGCUUGACUUUUUCUAGCAAAACCAACAGGAAUGAAAGCUCAUUGGCGUCAACCCUAAAGACUCUCCUGUUCUUCACAGCUUUAAUGAUCACCGUUCCUAUUGGCCUAUAUUUUACAACGAAAUCUUACAUAUUCGAAGGUGCCCUGGGAAUGUCCAACAGAGACAGCUAUUUUUAUGCCGCAAUUGUAGCAGUUGUGGCGGUUCAUGUCGUUCUUGCCCUAUUUGUCUACGUGGCCUGGAAUGAAGGCUCACGACAAUGGCGUGAAGGCAAACAGGAUUAAAGUGAACCUCACCUUUUGAUAGCAUGAAUUUAUUUUUAAAUAUAAUAAGUACUUCUGGGGUAUUGUUAAUAAAUGUAUUUUAUUUGAAUAGAAAGAACAUUAAAAUCAUUCAGGGAGUCAGUCACAUUUGACUAAACUUGGACCCACUUAAUUACUUUUAACUUUGAAUCUCCAUUUGCAAAUAAAAAUUUGAGAAAGUGAGAUAGGUACAAAUGCAAAUGCCAAGUGAAUUACAUCUUAUCCUGUGAAGAAUUUAAAUCUUACAACAAAAGUCUUUUAUAACAAUUUGCCUUAUACUUUUCAGUUUUACUCCUUUGCUUUGGAUGCAUUAAGAAACACACAGUGAAGCAAAUCUCAGUUUCCUUCUUCACUGGAAGACUUUCCCUCUCAGAACAGUAUCGGGCUCUUGGAUUUCAGAUUCUAAUUUCCUAUGGGAAGUUGCUUAAAUUGUGAACAGUGUAAUUAAUCUGAAUGUCACUGAGUAAGGAUAAAUCUCACAUUCUGGAAUUUAAUGGGGAAACUUGCUUAAAUCACACCCAUUCAUGUAAAAGGACUUAGGGUUUACUGAGGGCCAAGAGAUGAGCUCACUGCCAACUUUGUAACUAACACAACAAUAUUGCUUCCUCAUUCUGCUUUGAAAUUAAGCUUCAAUUACAAAAUUAAUUGAAAUCCCUUUUAAAUUUUUCCUACUUAAUAAAACAUAGUAUGUGAUAGGUAUUCGAAUAUCAAAAUGUUCAGUUUGUAUGCAUUGAGAGUGAAACAAUUUUGAAAUCAGACCUUGAGUUUUCUUACUCUUCUUGUCUUUUUCAUCAGAGCUAAGAUACAUCCUAUAUUUUUGGAUGACCAUUGAGGCCUUUUUUUAUGAGGACUCCUCCCCUAAAAAUAAAAUAGUCCUGUGACCUUUCUUCAGUACCUUUAAACUUUGGUCAGACCCACCUCUGGACACUAUAUAUACACAAUCUAAAAACAACUGUCCCCCAAAUUUUUAUUUCUCAUUGGAAAAUCAUAUAUAUUCUGUAAAACACUAGAAAAAUCCAUAUUAAGUCAGAAAGAAAAUAAAAAUUGCCCCAUAAUGUUGCUACCUGAAGAUAAUCACUAUGUUAGUUUACAACCUGUGUGCAGUUUUGACAGGUGUUUCCCGAUGUUAGUUCCAGAAACACUACAACCUUGGUUUAAGUUCAAAUUCUGACAACUUUACCAGAGAACUCUUUACAGUUUUUCAAAUAUAUGGUUUCUGGCCAUUAUCUUAAAAAGCACAUUGUUUCUUUAUUCUUCUAAAAUUCAAAUUUCAGUUGUUUUCACCAAAAAGAAAUGAUAAUUGAAUAGAUAACUCAAUUUGAAUAUUGCACAUGUGCAUAUAUCAAAAAAUUACAUGGCAUCCUAUAAAAAGUAUGUAUGGUUCUUAUGUUUUUAUAUCAGUUAAAAAUAACUCUAAAAAUAAAUUGAAAUAACUUGUUACUGAUUAUCCUAAUACAAAGGCCCUUGCUUAUGUUUGCCAUGAUUGAUUCAUUUGUCCAAAGCUACUUUUUAUCUUAUGGAGCUAGACUGAAGGAAUAAAGAUGAUUAGGCAGAAGAGACAUAUAUACAUUUCUGCUAUCAUUAAGCAAAAUAAUAGAUCAGUAUGAUUAUUACAGGAUUGUUCUUAAUUAUAUUUCACUGUUGUGUAUAGUUUAAAUAUCUUUAAGCAAGUAUUCUAAAUAUAAGGUUAUUUUGUAAAGAAUCUACUUUUAGUUAUGAUAUUUGAGUCUUGAAUGUUGUGUAGUAGAUUUCUGGAUGAUUCCCUCAUCAGGUGGCCUGUUGUAUUUAGAAUUGUCUGCUCAGUUUCUUUUUAUAUAAUGCCAAGGUUUUUUCUUGUACUUUGAAGAUCUUGUGCUAUUUGUAAAAGAUAUCUUGGGAUUAUUUUGUUUGAUUUCAGAUAUUUGCUAGUUAGGUAAUGAUACAGCUAUUUUUCUUCAAGUGUUUCAACCAAGGAUACAUGCAAACAUAAGUCAUUUUCUCUUGGGAAUAAAGUACAAGUGUUUGAAUAUUAAAAUCAGAUGGUCAGAUUCAUAUUCAAGAUUAUUACAGAAUAGACUUCUAAGAAUUUUCCCCAGAACUUACCAUUUUAUUGCUGUUAACUAUGUUAAUUAAUGUGCUAUUUGACAAAUGGACACAUUUUUCAAGAUAUCUUACUAGUUUCCUCUGGCAUAAAGCACAUAUGAUGUAUCGGAAGGGAAAGCUACAGUUAAACUGUUAUGUUUUACAGUAGGAUCAUGGUCACUGAUGUUUAAAAACUGAUUGUAAUAGUAAUCUGAAUCAGGUAGUACAACUCAAGUGUCAAUACAAGCUACUGAAUUAACCCCAUUUACUGUAACAAUACCUUCCCCACCUCCUAACUUGUUCCCUGAAUAAGCUCCCCGCUCCCCGCCACUGUUGAAAAAUGGAAGUUUGCUAUACGAUGCAUCUGAUGUCAUUAGCACGCUCUUCAAAUGGAUACCAUUUCACAUGUAACAGUAGUGUUCUUGUUUGUGUUCAUAGUAAAGAAUUUUAAACCUGCCAUGAGAAAUAACAGAAUGUUUCAUGGAAAUUUAACAGAAAUAGAUUGUAGUACUUAGAAAUUUUUCAUCACAGAAAUCAUACUGAGCCAGGUAUGAUGGCACAUGUCUGUAAUCCCAGUACUUGGGAAGCAGAGGCAGGAGAAUCAGGGGUUCAAGGUCAUCCUUGGCUACAUAGUGAGUUCAAGGUCAUCCUGAGUCAUGUAAGAACCUGUCUUCGAAAACAAAGAACAAGAACAACAUCUACAAAAACAAAUGAAAAAGAACAGUUCUAUUGGCUUUGUCAAAACAAGUUGCCAAUGGAUUUGUGUUCAUUUUCCAUUUCAUAUAUAUCUUAUGUAGACAGAGUAGUCAAGUAGGUCGAUAAAAAAUACUUAGACAAGUAAGGUGUACAUAAAGGAAGGCUAAAGCUGAAGGAGUUCAAUCCUGUGUUUCAUGUAUCUUGUGUAUUUCUGAUCUCCAGACGGUUUCAUAUUUAGUAUCUAAUUUAUGCCGAAAUGAACUUUAAACUUACUAUUCACUAGUGUGAUAUACUAUUCAGAUUCUGCUCCUGGGUUUAAGUUCACUUUCACUAAAGCUGUGCCAAAGUGCACAUUAAUAACUAUAAAAAAUUUAUUUUUCAGUGGGAUGGAGUUAUCUUAAAAAUUACUUUCAGAGACAUUGAGACGCUAACUAUAAAUACAUAGCCUAUGAAUAGCUUAAUCCUUUAUUUCUUAAAUAAGUCCAGAUUUCUUCCCCAUGUCUCCUGGUCACACUUUCUCCUUGCCUAUGUCAUUGAUACAUGUACCUGAAGUAUCUUGUGUUGCUUUUAAGAUGUUCUGUAAAUCAUAUUUGUCAGUUAUACAAACUAGUCUUCCUUUUAGUGUUCAGUGAAAUCUCACUGAACAGGAA